GACCUGGGAGUUAUUGAGAAAGCUUCAUGAUGGUAGGGAUCUCCCAUGGCUUUGUGCAGGGGAUUUCAACCAAAUCUGCUCAAAUGCGGAAAAAGAAGGAGGAAACCUGGUAAGUGAAGCACGGCUAAUGGGGUUCAAUAAUGCAUUGAUGGAUUGCGGUUUGAAAGACCUUGGAUUUGUUGGCUACCCAUUCACUUGGGAAAACAGGAAAAGUGGCCAGAAUCUCAUUGAGGAAAGAUUGGACAGGGCAGUAGCAAAUGGAAAGUGGAUGGAUAUGUUUCAGAACGCUAUGGUCCUCCAUUUGGAAGGAGUGGUCUCUGAUCACUUGCCAAUCCUGAUUGAUCCUAUUGGGGAGAAAGAAGAGGAGAUAAGAUGGGGAAAGUGCUUCAGGUUUGAAUCUUUCUGGGCAAAAGAUGAAGAGAGCAUGGAGGUAAUCAAAGAAGCUUGGGAGGAAGCAAAUUGGGGAACUCUGGAUCAAAGUCUAAAGAGCUGUGAAAGAAGGCUGAAAACCUGGAGUGAAGCGAAAUUUGGGGAAAUUCCGAGAAGGAUUGCUCAGAUCAGAAGAAGCAUACAAGGAAUGAAAGCACAAAAUAAGAAUAGCAGUUGGAGAGAAAAGAAAAGGAAGCUGGAAUUGGAACUACAGGACCUACUGUAUAAGAAUGAGCAGAGAUGGAAACAGAGAUCCAGGAUGGAGUGGCUCAAGGAAGGGGAGAAGAACACCAAAGCUUUUCAUGCCAAAGCUUCUGAAAGAAGAAAGAGGAAUACCAUUAAAAAGCUCCAGGAUGAACAGGGGAGAGUCUUUAAGGGCCAAGAAGAAGUAACAGAGUGCUUAUUUCAAUACUACUCAAAGCUCUUCGAAAGUAAAGCAGAUCAGAAUUGCUGGAAAGUUAUAGAUGUGAUUGAGAAGAAGGUAACUGAUGAGAUGAAUCACAAACUGCUCAGGCCUUUUACUACGGAAGAAAUUAAAGCUGCUCUGUUUCAAAUGGGAGCCACCAAAGCUCCAGGGGAUGAUGGUUUUCCAGCCCUCUUCUUCCAAAAGAAUUGGAGCACAAUUGCACCUAAAUUAACUGAGGAACUGAUGGAAUUUCUCAAUGGAGGAAGCUUGCCUGCUGAUCUCAAUAGAACUCUUAUUGCGCUAAUUCCAAAGGUAAAAAAUCCUACUUCCCCCAAAGAGUACAGACAGAUUAGUUUGUGUUCUGUUCUGUAUAAAAUUCUUUCAAAGACCAUUGCUAACAGGCUGAAAGAAGUGUUGAAUGACCUUAUAUGUGAAGCACAGAGUGCCUUUGUCCCUGGAAGAUCAAUCACAGACAAUGUGAUAGCUGCCUUUGAAUGCUUCUCUACCAUGAAGAACAAAAAUAAAGGUGAUAGGGGUUCCCUGGCUCUUAAACUGGAUAUGGCUAAGGCAUACGACCGUGUUGAAUGGAUCUUUCUUGAAAGAGUUAUGGCAAAAUUGGGUUUUGAUGACAAAUGGAUCAAGCUUGUUAUGAACUGUGUUUCUUCUGUAUCUUAUGCAGUUUUGGUCAACGGUCACAAAUCGAGUUUCUUCAAUCCAGGAAGGGGGCUGAGGCAAGGGGAUCCUCUCUCCCCAUAUCUCUUUCUGCUCUGUGCUGAAGGCUUAUCAGCUCUGAUCAACAAGAACGAGAAGGAGAGGAAAAUCCAUGGUCUGAAAAUCUGCAAUAAAGCUCCAGUUGUUUCCCAUUUGCUGUUUGCAGACGACUGCAUAAUAUUUGCUAGGGCCACAGUGGAAGAAGCAAAGAUAUUGAAAGAAAUGCUAGAAGACUAUGAGAAAGAGUCUGGACAAAUGGUGAAUCUGGAUAAGUCAGAAAUCUACUUCAGUAAGAACACGUUGAGUAACAGAAGACAAGAAAUAUGCCAGGAGCUAAACAUCAAGGAAGUUGACAAAUUAGCAAAAUACCUCGGCCUACCUACAAUGGUGGGGAGAUCGAAGAAGCUGGUGUUCAGCAACCUCAGAGACAGGGUGAGAAACAAACUCAUGAACUGGAAAAACAAGUUCUUCUCAGAAGCAGGGAAAGAAAUUCUGAUUAAGAGUAUUGCUCAGGCCCAAACAACUUAUGCUAUGUCUGUGUUUAGGAUCCCUGAUGGUAUUUUAGAUGAUAUUCAUAGCUUGAUUGCUAAUUUCUGGUGGGGGCAGAAAGGGAAUGAAAGAAGAAUUCACUGGAGGAGAUGGGAAAAAUUGUGUAAAAAGAAGAAUCAAGGAGGCAUGGGAUUCAGGAACCUUAAAGUUUUUAACACAACCAUCUUAGCAAAACAGCUAUGGAACUUGAGUCUUAACCCUCAGUCUCUGGUUGCAAGACUGUUAAAGGCAAAGUACCAUCCGAAGUGCAACAUCUUGGAAGCAAAAAUUGGCUGGAGACCUAGCUAUGUUUGGAGGAGUCUGAUGGGAGCUCAGGAUUUGUUAAAAUCAGGUUGCAGAUGGAGGAUUGGCUCGGGUGAAGAGGUGUAUAUUUGGAAAGAUAAAUGGGUCCCAGGGCUUGACAAUUUCCAAGUCUUUUCUUAUUGCCCUUUCCUGGAUUGGGACUCCAAGGUCUCCUGCCUAAUUGACCAAGAAACCAGAACCUGGAGGAGAGAUUUGAUUGAGAUUAUGUUCUCGCAGGAAGAGCAGCAGGCUAUUUUGGAUAUUCCUUUAACUUCUGAGAUUGUUAAGGAUUCCUUAUGUUGGACAGGCACGGAGAAUGGAAAGUACACAGUCCGGUCAGGAUAUGAUAUGGAAAUGAACAGGAUAGGGGAGGUUUUGGCAGGAAGUGGUACUGAGCAGGAAAUGAAUGAUGGAUGGAAAAAGCUAUGGGGGUUAAAUAUCCCAGGGAAGAUCAAGGUCUUCUUGUGGAAAGUGGCCCAUAACAUUGUUCCAGUUGGUGUUAAGAUUAGGAAGAAGAGCAACAGAAGAGGGGAGGAAUGCCCAAACUGUGGAAUGAAGGAAACUUUAAAACACUGUCUUGUGAAUUGCAGCUGGGUGGGGAGAAUCUGGCCAAAAACCCCUAUUGCAAACCUGUUCUAUAUGGAUGACUCUCUUUCCUGUAAAGAAUGGAUUUUCAAGGUGAUUAAGGAAGCAAAAGAAGGGGAGAUUGAAAGAUUCUGCUCUUUGUUAUGGUUUUUCUGGAAAGAAAGAAAUAACUGCUUGUUCAACAGCAAAAUGCUACAGGAAUGGGAAGUGUUUACAAAGGCUGAUGACUUUAUACAAGACUACAUUGCUGUCCAAGGAAAAGAUAAUAACAGAAGAAGAGAAGUGAACAGGAGGAAUUGCAGGUGGGAGAAGCCACAGGAAGGAAUGUUCAAACUGAAUACUGAUGCUGGAUGUAGUGGUAAAGGAGAGGUGGGAUUGGGUUUUAUCAUUAGAGACUGGAAUGGCAAGGUAAUGCUGGCUGGAAGCAGAACCUUGAAAGCUAACUGGUCCUCUGAGAUUGCAGAAGGUAUGGCGACGCAGUUUGGUCUAAAGGAAGCAAAAGAAAAAGGGCUUAGAGGCAUUCAGGUUGAGUCAGAUUGCCAAAGAUUGAUCAACUGUCUGAAGGGGAAAGAGAACAGCAGAACUGAGGUGGAUAGCAUCUGCAGAAACGUUGUUUCGAUCGGUUUGGAGGUAAAUGUAGCUGAGUGGAGUUUUGUCUAUAGGGAAGCAAAUGGGGCUGCACACUUAUUAGCACAUUUCUUUCCUUUUAACAUCAUUAGAAGUGAGAUUUGGCAAGAUUGUAUUCCUAGCCUUUUGGCCGAUGUAAUUGCCGCUGAGGCCGAUCUGUGAUUUCUAUGAAAUCUGAUUAUUUCUAAAAAAAAGAUUAUGGAGUGUGUUAGAACUGUUAGGUUUAGCUCUAACAUAAAUUGGGGGAUGCAUGAUUUUGUUGAUACCAAGUAGGGAGUCAGGCAAAGAGACAUCCUACAUCCUUACUUUCUUCAUCACUAUGGAAGGGUUGUCAGGGUUAUUAAAUCUUGCAGCUGCCACUUGAGUCUUGCCUUUUCACCCUCCAUGCAAGAAUGUUAUAUUAACGGUUGGAUGAAUAGCUUUGAAAAGCUAUAAUGAAAUUUCUAAUUAAUUAUCCAGUAUUUUUUCAUAAUACGAAAUUAAGAUGGAUAAUUAAUAAAAGGAAUAUUAUGGAGAUAAUUAGGAAUAAUUAUCUUAAUAGAUUUUAUUUUAAUUAUGGGAGUAAUUAUCUCCCUAAUUAAAAUGUGACUUAUUCCCAAAGAAAGAGGAAAUAUUCUGGGUUUCUGUUCCUAUAAAUAGGAGACUACUCAGACCCUCUAAAUACACAUGAGAAGAGCAGAAACAGGAGAGAGAGUGAAUUCAUAGAGCUCCGGUUUUUGCACAAAACCGAUGAGCAACAAAAUUAGAAUGACUGUUUUAUCCUGGAGGCGGCCGGCUGAUAGUCUGUCGUGCGCAAUACGAGGCAGUGCCGCGAACGGAUGACCGAUCUGAUACCUAAUUGCGGCAUCCCGCCGUCACUGCGGCUCGUAUCUGGAGAACCCCUGUUACUGGAAUCGGCGACACUGGGUAAUUAGUACACCUAAUUCCCCGUCGCGGAACGAGCUGAAUAGGAUGGAAAGGGAAGAGGAUCCUUUGGUUGGAGGCCCUUGGCAUCUCUUAGUGGGUUUGUGCCCGAGGCGAGACGUCUUACGAUGGGCUUGUGUCCGUAAUGACGUAGUUGUUUGUCGCAUUAGAUGGAUUAAUACCACACCCAACAGAUACAAAACAUGUAGAAUUGUACUAGGGAUGACAAAAAUAUCUGUAACCGUGGAUAUCCGCCUUAUCCAACCUAAUCGGUUAGGGUAAAACCCAAACCCGAAGGACUUUUAGUGGGUACGGGUAAAACCCGAACCCGAAUAUCGCGGGUAAUGGGUGGACAUAGUUUUCUCACUAUCCAACCCUGAACACGUCCGAUUAUACACAUGCAUAUGUAUUUUGUUGUCUAGAAAUAAUCAAUAUUUUUCACUAACUUAUUUUAUAUUUAGCAUAUAAAUAUUUUUUUUAUGA